UUCGUCCAGUUCCUUCCCCUUCCUCCCGAAUCGUAGGAGGCCUAGAAGCUCGCCCCAACACCUGGCCGUGGCAAGUUGAUCUUCUCGUAAAUGGUACUUCUCACUAUUGUGGCGGCUCGCUGAUUGAUCCUUCGUGGGUUGUGACCUCUGGCCAUUGCUUUUAUUUUUUUCCACAAGUAGACUGGUGGCAUGUUAGGGUUGGGGAGCAUAACGAGACAAAAUUCGAAGGCUACGAGGAAAGGAUCGAAAUUGAACACGUCACGAUACAUCCGGGAUUAAACCUUUCUUACGGACCCGGCGAUUACGACAUCGCCCUCGUCAAGCUCAAGCGACCAGCGUUGUUCCACAGCCGAGUACAUUCAAUAUGUCUGCCUGAUAUGGACACUACCUUUCCAACAGGAAAAUCCUGUUUUGCCACCGGAUGGGGAAGGGAAGAAGAAAAUGCAACUGAGUAUUCAGGUGUUCUUCGAGAAGUGGAGGUGAACCUUGUAUCUAAAGAAGUCUGUAACAGCAAUAUUUCUUACAAUGGUGCUAUACACGAACGUUAUCUUUGCGCUGGUUUUCAAGGCGGUGGUAAAGACUCGUGUGGUGGUGAUAGCGGAGGACCGCUGGCUUGUCAAAAUGAGGAUGGCCGUUUCGUACUGACGGGCGUUGUAAGCUGGGGUGAAGGCUGCGCCCGAGCUAAUAAAUAUGGCGUGUAUUUAGAUGUGCGCUACAUGCUGCCAUUCAUUGAGGGUACCCUAUACGGUCAUCCGAAAUGUGGCACCCGCUUCCUAUCCUCGGAAAGUUCUCCUGCUCUCAGCCAUAACGAGGCUCGUCCCAACUCCUGGCCGUGGCAGGUUGAGCUGCUAUUCAAAGAUACGCAUGCGUGUAGCGGCUCUUUGAUCGACCGGCACUGGAUUCUGACUUCGGCAACUUGUUUGAACACAAGCCACAAUACCGAUAACUGGAUGGUCCGGCUCGGUGAACAUGACCGAAAAGUCAUCGAGGGAUACGAAGAAAGUAUUAAAGUCAAAGAAAUCUACACCAGUGCAAAACAUCAUGUCACACUGCUGAAAAUGAAGCGAGAAGCUGUCCUUCACAAGCGAGUUCUUCCUAUCUGUCUUCCGGAAGACGAUGCAAACGUUAACGUAAAUUCUUCGUGUUACGUGACCAGUUGGCAGUCUGCCAAAAAGGACGGGAAUUUCACGGAUGUGUUGAACGAAGCCCAAGUUGAAAUAGCCCCAUUUCAAGACUGUAAUGCAUCAUACAGUGGAAAACUCUCCGAGUAUGAAGUAUGUGCAAACUUCACCCGAGGGAAAACCCGAGGUUGUAAUGUCGAGAGGGGUGCGCCUCUAGUUUGUCCAGGGAUCGAUGGACGAUUUGUAUUAACAGGCGUAGCUUCUGCCGAAGACGGAUGUUCGAAUGCAGGACAAUAUGAUGUCUUCAUCGAUGUCAAAAUGAUGCUUUCGUUUAUUAAUAUGACUAUCAGUGCGAACUAGGAUCCAGGCAGUAUUUAAAUAGUUCUGUGUAAGUUAGAACAGCUCGAACUUUUGUAACGUGAUUCCUACAUUAAGGUUCACAAGACAUUCCCGCGUGAUUUUCCGCAAAUUAUUUACCAAAUUUUUCCAUACGCUCGAGACUUUUUAUCUAUCAAGUUUUAUUUAAGUGUUACUUUAAAAACCCUUGCUUCCAGCUACUAAAAAAAUAUACCAUGAACCGAUGAAAAGACGCGUGUAAUUAUUUCCAGCACAGGCAUAAAUGAGGUUAGAUAGGCUUAUCAUAUCUCCUAAACGAGCAUUGUAACCUAUCUUUUUUAUUGUAUUUUUCAAAAAAGACAUUGGUAGGGAACAUUUAAGGAAAGUUUAACGAAAUAGCUCGAUAAUUCUUUUUCUGAGAAAUCGCCUUAAGACCGCUGACAUAUCUUGUGAUUGACUUCUCAUAAACUCACUGUGAUAUUUUCCAUUCUCCUGACUGGCUAUUGUGACAAACUGUGGGUUUGAUUUGCAGCACUCGAUCAAACAGGGCUCUACUAAAGAAGGGCGGAGUCAGCUAAUUUUAUGAGCGAAAGGUGGAUAUUUUUGAAGUCAAACCUUUUUAAAAUUAUUGUGAUACGUCAUUGCGUUGUCGCUCUUCCGAAAUAUGUAGAAGCUAUUCUCGUCACUUCCGCCACGAUGAUGAUAUUUACUGUUCUAGUAUAUGCCAAAGAGGAAUGACAACCAAGGGUUUACGAAUUACGUGUGUUUUAAAUGUCACAAUUUAUCAAUCCCAAAUGACCGUAUCUUAAGGAAUUUUCAAAGAAUUUGUCAAAAGAUUGUCUUCUCACCCACUGUCUUGACUAAGUCUUUAGAGGCGAUCUCUCAGAGCGAACAAAUCAUGCAUAUAACUGUAGAUUCACCCAAGCCAAAGCUUUCUAUUUUCUCGUUCUUUUACCUCUUUACUCGCAGAUUUACGGCAAACGUACAACGAGCAUACCCCCCAGAAUAUAUUUUAGAGAUAAUAAUAACCAUAAAUUACUGAAGCUCCCGUUCAUUCAAUUUCAAAAUUGUUAAAGGGAAAGUUUACCAGGUUUUCCACUGUUAUAUGAUCACUCGCGAAUAAGUUGCAUAGUUGAUCUCGAGAGCAAUGGCAAGCAUGGUUACCUUAAUCGUUUCUGUGGGACAUAACCGCUCCCUCAGUAUAAACGGACAUCAACCAGAGAUUAACGCUACUACUAGAUUUCCGAAUUUGCGGGACGUCAUAAGCUGAAAGUCAGCAACAGCACCUGAUGAGUACACAGUAUAUCAGUAACAUUAGUAAUGAGAUGAUUUAAGUGCCCGUUUGGUUUGAUAUCCUUAGUCAUGCUGCUUGACUUUUUCACCUUUUUAUCUCACUAUUAUUAUUAUCAUUAUUAUUAUUAUUAUCAUCAUCAUCAUCAUCAUUAUCAUCAUGAUUGUUAUCAUUCUUAUUAUAAUUAUUAUUAUCAUAGUCGACUAGAAUUCAAGCAGCGUAAUGUCUCGAUUAAAAGCCAGAUAUCCAAGCUAGAGUCGUAAACAUGAACAUCUGAAUUUUCUUAACAAUUGAAACACCAAGAACUAGA